AUUUAUACAUAAAGAAGAAAAUUAUAAUGUAAAAUUAUUAAAACUAAACUGUUGGUUUUUGCCGUGAAGUAAGAUUUUGUCGGGAGUUCGUGUGAGCAAUGACCCGUGCUGACGAAGGAAAAUCAUCUAUAGCAUUUGGCACGACGCUAGAUCGUGAGCUUCUACCACUAAAAGUUCCACCAACAAGAUUUGGUAAUCAGCUGCAAAUACCCAGAGCACCGAACCUCGGACCAGGUCGUUACAACAAUGAUGAGGUUAGCACCUUAACAUAUGAAUUAGAACACCGUCCGGGAUGCAAGAAAGGCUAUUCACUUGGUGCAAGGACAGCCGAAAGAUUUCAGAAACCAUUACAUCUUGACACACCAGGGCCUCAAACCCAUCAAGAAAUCAACGGCAAACCACGAGAAUUUAAACCCGCUUUUCGGCCAUUCCAAACAGGCGCUUCACGGCUUCCACCAGUUAGCGCAAAUUCACGGGAACAUGUUUUGCCAGGACCUGGCACAUACGAACACAAAGUGUCUCGAAACAGAAAAGUGAAAUAUCUUGGGUCGUUCGGAGGACCCCAGACCUUGGUGACGUCAAUACGAAUGAAAUGUACUGGAAAUGGGGAGAAAGAUAAGUUUAAACCGAAAGGCGAUUACUACGAAUACAAAAAUAAAGCUUUAUGUCGACCUUGCUACGAUAAAAACGCGAUCGCAGAAUCUAAAUUUAGCAAAAGUGUUUUAAGUAAUUUCACCAAAGUUCGCGAUUGCAGUAGUAUUCAUAACCACGAAGGAACAAAUGCAAAACUUCGAUUAAUGACGGAAAAAGACCUCAAAAAACUUCGCAAUAAAGAAGCAUAUUUCAGCUUGUAUUUUUGAGAUAAUAUUCUAAUAUUAUCAAUAACCAUGUGUACAAUACACGAUGAUAUUUAUGACAACAUGAAGUUUAUCCUAAUGAUCUAUAUCAAUAGACAAUGACAAUAGCAUGGAAUAGUAAUACUGCCAUUUUGUAUACAAUUAUUAGCGAUACAUUCGCAAUGAAUAAGGAAACGACGAUUAAUUUCAGAUGGUAGACGGUUUUCUAGUUGCAAAAAGUAUGCAUUUCUACAUUGCCAUUGGGAUGAAGCAAUGGACAAAUUUGAUACGACUUAAGACCUACC